AUGACCGACAAGACAAUUCCAGCACCUGGGCCAGCCAAGCUGAAACGAAAUGCUGGUCCAGAUGAAUGGCUGGAAGCAGCCAAAAAUUGCAAAUAUUUAUCAGAGCAUCAUAUGAAGCAAUUAUGUGAUAUUGUAAAGGAAUUAAUGAUGGAAGAAUCGAACAUACAGCCAGUUUCCUCUCCUGUCACGAUAUGUGGUGAUAUACACGGACAAUUUUACGAUUUAUUGGAGCUCUUUCGAGUAGCCGGCGGAAUGCCGAAUGAGACGAACGUCGAACCCCCUGCAAACACACCUCCGGUCAUCACAUCCGAUGAUAUCGAGCCUCCUUCGACAAUAACAGACCCAAAAUUACGGAAGAAGAUCAAAAAUGCAGACAGCCUACUGGACGGUGACGAUAGCGCUUCUGGCAGAGGUCGUUCCGGUAGUGGAUCGUCGAAAGAAGUGACCGGUCCUCCUCCUGGGAAUUUUGUCUUUUUGGGAGACUAUGUCGAUCGAGGUUACUUCAGUUUGGAGACUUUGACUCUUUUGCUAUGCCUCAAGGCCAAAUAUCCCGACCGUAUCACAUUAGUACGCGGAAAUCACGAAUCACGACAAAUUACACAAGUUUAUGGAUUUUACGAAGAAUGCUUUCAGAAAUACGGCAAUGCUUCGGUGUGGAAAGCCUGCUGUCAGGUCUUUGAUUUCAUGACGUUGGGUGCUAUCAUUGACGGCAAGGUCUUGUGUGUGCAUGGUGGGUUGAGUCCGGAGAUCAGAACGCUCGAUCAAGUCCGCGUCGUUGCUCGAGCACAAGAGAUUCCGCAUGAGGGGGCAUUCUGUGAUCUUGUGUGGUCAGAUCCAGAAGAUGCAGCUGAUGUGGAAACAUGGGCUGUCAGUCCACGAGGAGCUGGAUGGCUGUUUGGAAACAAAGUCGCCGAAGAAUUCUGCCAUGUCAACGAUCUCAGUCUAAUCGCACGAGCCCAUCAACUGGUCAACGAAGGCUACAAAUACCACUUCGCCAAACAAAACGUCGUCACAGUCUGGAGUGCGCCAAACUACUGCUACCGAUGCGGUAAUCUGGCGUCCGUCUGCGAAAUCCGUGAAGACCUCAAACCUACAUUCAAGCUCUUCAGCGCUGUUAGUGACGACCAGCGACACGUUCCUUCGUCAAGGCCAGGACGUAGUGAAUACUUUUUGUAG